GACUAACGCAAUGAGAAAAUUCUUUUUGCAAUCAGUGCAUCGAUACGUUCAACCUGCAUAAGACAUACCUACUUUCUUCUUCUACUUACUCACUACAUCCUAAAAUGGAAAGGUUCUCAGGUACUGUAGCGGUUGUUACCGGUAGUAGUGUAGGAAUCGGCGCAGCAAUUACAAAAACUUUACUUAAAAGAGGACUUAUUGUGGCUGGGCUUGCUCGGAGAGAGGAUAAACUCAAGCAAUUUAAAGAUGAGCUCGACAAAUUGGGUUUUAAAGGUAAAUUCUAUCCAGUCAAAUGUGACAUUACCGUCGAACAAGAUGUUAUCCGGGCAUUCGAUGACAUCAAUAAAAAUGCCGGAAAGAUAACGAUUUUAAUUAAUAAUGCUGGAGUCUGCCCUCGUGUACCAAUUCACGAUGCGGGAAGUGAAGUUAUCGAUUCAAUUUUUGAAACAAAUGUCAAAGGGACGAUCUUAUGUGCUCGACAAGCCAUUAAAAUAAUGAGAGAGAAUUCUACCGAAGGCCAUAUCGUGAAUCUGUGCAGCAUUGCUGGUGUGGUUGGAUGGAUGUUUAAAUUACCCAUUGGUUUAUAUUCCGCAUCUAAACACGCUGUAAAAGUUGUUUCUGACGGACUAAGACGAGAAAUGAUUUUGGAAAAGACCAAAAUCAAAGUUUCAAACAUCAGUCCCGGUUUAGUCGACACAGAAAUGACAUCAGGUCAUAUUCCAGAAGACCCCUACGAGCAUAUAGAUGUGCAGGAUAUAGCUAACGCUGUAGUAGUUGUGCUGAAUACUCCUCCAGGCGUUGUGAUUUCCGAAAUGACAGUGCUACCACUUCAUGAAAUGGUUUGAAAGAAAUCUCACUGUGAACAACAAUUAUUGCCCUCGUGUAGGCGCCAUGCUCACCUGUAUCUUCUCCUGUCUACCAUAUCUCAUUAAUAAAUCCAAAUACCUUCCUACGCAAUCGAGUUAUUUUUAAGUUCAGUACACAUAAUUAUUCGUUAAAUACAUGAAUUUCGCUCUUUGA